GCGGCAGUCGGCAGUCAGUCGGCCAACGAGCUCCGGCGAACACAGAGCGAUCUUUGGCUUUAGAUUCAUUCCAGAUUCAUUUUGCAGAGUACAGAGGAUGCGAUUGUAUAGCCUGCUGCCGCUCCUGGCGCUCCUCGUCGUCCAGGCGGCCGGACAAAGUCAAGUGAGCGCCGAUGCUCCUGCCACGGAUGCCGGAGCAACGAGCAACUCCACUGCGGACACCAAGCCAAGGAUUCCCAGUCAGGAUGAGAUCCUUGGCCAGAUGCCGAACUUUCAGCCCAUCCGCACUGGCAGUCCCCCGAUGGACGCCUUCUACAUGAUGUUCCCGGCACUGGGCAGCCUGCUGCGCUGGGGCAGCCUCUUCCCCGCCCAGUCGAUCCUGGGCGCCAUUCCCGACAGCCUGCAGCCCACGGCGGCGGCCUCCAAGGUGGUGCUCGUCCUGGCCGACGAUGCGACGGCCAAGACCCGAGUCACCCGUCAGAAUCCGCCGUUAAAUCCACUUGGCCAGUUCAUGAAUUGGCCCGCUCUGCCGCAGGACUUCCAGCUGCCCACCAUGGACCUGGCACCGCAAGUGGGCUCGUUUCUGUCCCAACUGCCUACCAUGUCAUCCAUUCCCGUUCUUCUGGGUGCCGCUGCUCCGGUACCUGCGCCAGUUCCCGAUCCAGCUCCUGCUGCAGCUCCUGUGCCCGCUGCUGCUCCACCGGCGCCAGCGGCAGAUGCCCCGCCAGCCAUUCUGGGACAAGCCGCCCUGCAGAACGCGUUCACCUUCCUCAACCCGUCGAACUUCGAUGCCUCCAGUCUUCUGGGCCAGGGUGUGCCCACAUUUGCUCCGCCCAAUCUGGAUUUCGUGGCGCAAAUGCAAAGGCAGUUCUUCCCGGGAAUGACACCAGUCCAACCACCUGCUGCAGCUGGCACGGAUGCCCAGGCCUCCGACAUCUCCGAGGUGAGGGUACGUCCCGAGGUGCCCUGCUCGCCAGAGGCCCAGAUGUCGCUGAUGAAGAUGCAGUCGGCAGUGGAAAGGGAGCAGGAGCGGCAACAACAGGUGCAGGUCAAGGACCAGGAGCAAGUGCCUCUCCUCUGGUUCCGCAUGCCCACCACACAGCAUCAGGAUGCGACUGAGGAAAAGACGCUGGAGGAUCGGCGGGUGGAGGCGAAACUGAGGGCCUUCGAGCGCCAGGUCAUAACCGAGCUGAAGAUGCUGCAGAAGAUCGAACUCAUGGCCAAGCAGAUGAGGUCCAGUGCCACCGCGCCAAACGCCGACUCACCCUACAGAAUCAGCUAUCCACUUAAUCGCACGCCCAUUCACAAGAUCACCCGUGCGGAUAUCGAGCAGGCCCUUCGCGAUGACUACGUCCGCCGGCUGGUCAGCAAGGAGGCGCAACGCAAGGCCAGGAUCUCCGGCAUCAGCACCCAGAAGGCAAACGCCCUCAAGCGACAGGCCAAGUCGCAGGAUCAGGCCAUGUCCAAGGAGGAGAUCGUCCAGUUGAUGGCGUACGCCUAUCGCAUGGCCAACGAGCAGAUGGAGAGCGAGAAGGGCAAGCAGGACAAGGUGUACGCGGCCUUCAAGGCGGAACAGAAUCCCAUGAUGAUGCAGCAGAGGCAGUGGUCCGAGGAUCAGGCCAAGAUUCAGCACGAUCAACAGCAGAUGCAGCAGAAUCCAAUGAUGAUGCAGAGGGAAUGGUCAGAGGAUCAGGCCAAGAUUCAGCACGAGCAACAGCAGAUCCAGCAAAAUCCAAUGAUGAUGCAGCAGAGGCAAAUGGCGGAGGAUCAGGCCAAGAUCCAACAGAAUCAGCAGCAGAUCCAGCACGAGCAACAGCAGAUGCAGCAAAAUCCAAUGAUGAUGCAGAGGCAAUGGGCGGAGGAUCAGGCUAAGAUCCAACAGAAUCAGCAGCAGAUGCAGCAAAGUCCAAUGAUGAUGCAGCAGAGGGAAUGGUCAGAGGAUCAGGCUAAGAUUCAGCACGAGCAACAGCAGAUCCAGCAAAAUCCAAUGAUGAUGCAACAGAGGCAAUGGGCGGAGGACCAGGCCAAGAUUCAGCACGACCAACAGAUGGCCCAACAGAUGGCACAGCAAGGUGCCAUGAUGAUGGAGCAGAGGCAAAGACAGUGGUCGGAAGAGCAGGCCAAAGCUCAACAGGCUGAACAGAUGGCCCAGCAGACACCCAUGAUGAUGCCGCAGAUGCAACAAAGGCAGUGGACCGAGGAUCCUCAAGUGGUUCAGCAGAUGCAACAGAUGCAGCAGAGGCAGUGGGCCGACGAUGGCCAGGCCAGGAUGCAAAUGGCACAGCAGACGCCAAUGAUGCAACAGCAGCAGCGCCAGAUGGCGGAGAAUCCACAAAUGAUGCAGCAAAGGCAGUGGUCCGAGGAGCAGGCCAAAAUGGAACAGGCGCAGCAGAUGGCGCAACAGAAUCAAAUGAUGAUGCAGCAGAUGCAGCAAAGACAGUGGACCGAGGAUCAGGCCAAGGUGCAGGAGCAGCAGCGGCAGAUGAUGCAGCAGACGCCCACGAUGAUGAUGAAGCAGCGCCAGUGGGCGCAGGAGAAUCCCCAGUCUGUCCAGCAGCAAGGACCCACCAUGAUGAUGCAGCAGCAGAAUCCAGCGAUGAUGCAGCGUGAAGUGGAGGACCAGGAUGCCGAGGCGGAGGAUCAGCUGGUUGGCGAGGCGGGUCCCCAAAUGCCGGAGAACGAGAACGGCGCCAGGCACAAAGUCGAUGCCCUGGGAGUGGGCGGCAACAAGCGCAAGAAGUCCAAGUCCAAGUCGGCGCCGCCCACGGUGAUCAACUACUACUAUGCGGCUCCCCAGCCCCGUCCGGUGGUGCAGAGUUACGGAACCAGUUACGGCGGAGGUGGCUACGGAUCGAACGCCUACGGGGUUCAGCGUCCAGUCAAUGCCUAUCCAAGUCAGGGCUACCGGGCUGCCGUGGGCAACGACGAGGUGGACGACAUGCUGCGCCAGCACCAGACGAUGGCCAGGACACUAAACCAGAUACAACCAGGCCAAGUCGCUGGAGCGGAGAGGCAGACGAGCAGCUCUAAUCCGCCAACGACGUUGACCCCACCAGCUCCACAGGAGCCACCGCCAGAGCAUCGAGUCCACAAAAGUCCAUCAUCAGCACCAUCUGCAUCUGAAUCCGAAAUCGAAAACGCACCAUCAUCUGACCCGCAAGUGGGUUCCAUUUUCACCUACGACGAGGGUUUGCUGCAUCCGUUCAUGGGGCUGCUGCCGGUGGAGAGGCCCGAUGAUCCGUGGCACCAGAAGCCAUACGAUCCCCACCAUCCUCUCUACACGGGCGGUGGCAGCUACGCCGCCUACCUGAGGGACGGUCGCCAUCGCAGGGACACCCACAUCAUGGGCCAGGGGUCGCAGCAUGGCAUCCUGACACCCGGCAUGUUGGAGCGACUGCUGCGGAUCAAGGUGGAUUUCCAGCGUAGGUUUCCGCAUCUGUACAAGGGCAUGCUGAAUCACCACACGAAUCUUACCCGUGUGGAGGUACAGCCGCCGGUUCUGGGCAAGAUUUCCAAGUCGAACACCAGCACCAACACCAAGACCAAGACCAGGACGAAGACCAAGAGUAAGGAUAAGCAGGAUGAGCCCGUCUUCGAAUUGGCGGCCGCAGAGCGUAGCCUGUUCGAGGACGAGGCCAACGAUUCGCUGGAGCAGGAUCCCGAGCCAGAACCGGAACCGGAUGAGCAGGACGAGCAGGAUGUCCGGGAUGUGGAGGAGCCCAGCGAGAGCAGUGAGCCCAGGGGAUUCAGCCUCAGCAGCAGGAAAGAGCGGGAGGACAACGACAUCGAUUACUUCAACUUCGAUGACGAUGAUGUUGAUGAUUAGACUUUUAUUUUAAUUGCCAAUAAAAAUAAAUACUAUUAAUGUAAAA